GGAGAAUUUCUUCGCGCAACGAUCACGUGUAGCCUCGGUACUCCCAUCUGAGGGCGCAGAACUGGCGUGUUUGCGGCAACGCCCGCGAUGAGCUCCGAAUCAGAUUACAAACACGUCGAAUCAUCUCAGGAAUCUUCGAGCGAUAAUUCAAGACGUCACGCGCGACCUCUCUCGCGGCGCCAGUCACGCACUCCCCUAACUCCCCGGAAACGACGCCGACUAGAGUCUGUUCAGCCCACUCGAAUUCGCAAGUACCAUCUCGAAGGGCGGUACAAUGAUGCCUACCGCGAGCUUUUCAACGAGCAAGUGAGCCACGCAGCUUCGCGAUUUCAAGCCAACGAGGACAUUCAGCACUACAGCACACAAAUUGGCGCAUCUGUAUGGACCGCGCAGGAGCAGGCAACACUCUUUGCAGCACUAGAACGGCUCGGGAAGGACAACACGCCAGCCAUUGCUAAGGCUAUUGGCACCAAGAGCGUACCAGAGACACGAGAGUUGCUCCUUUUGCUUCAAGACGCCGCCUCCAAGCAAGGCGAUGUAGGAGUAACCCUUCGCGAUGUCCCGGCUGCAAUUGAGGUCGGCAGGGAGUGCAACGAGCAGCUUGACAUUACAGCCGAAGCUCUAGCAUGGUUCCAGGAGUCUUUCGAGGAGAAAGAGGAGCAAGAUAGAUAUGGUCGACACUGGCUCAUUACACCUACGAUAGCCGAAGAGAUCGAGCAUGCGGUCAACGGAGGUCGUUCGCGAGCCCCUUCGGCAACGCCGGCGAGUGAGCCAGACCCUGCACGUAGAGGGGUUGCUGGGUCAUGCACAUUUUGCAAGCACCGAAAGGCCAAAUGUGAUAGAAAAGCUCCGUGCAGUACUUGUGUGCGUUACAGCAACGAGAAUUGUGUGUAUCCGCCAAAGAAGACACCCAAAGCCCAGAAACCGAUGAUCCGCAGAACCAACUCGGCCCCAGUAGUAUCCGAAGAACAAGACCAAAAAGAUGCGCCGAUACAGGCUGGCGAUGCAUCAGCUCCAGAUAUACUUGAGGCUAUUCCAGAAGCGAGUCUCCUCCAGCCUGAGGCGAUGCUUACGCUUUCCAAGAACCUAUUCAUGAAUCGCUCUUCGACCAUACCAUCUCCUUGGCCACAUUGGUCUCAGUACGUGUCAGACGUUGUUACCGAACCAUCUAUAUAUCGCACUGCAUUCAACGAUUUUCACACUCUCGUUUUGUCCGUCACUAAACGCCUAAUGCAGACCGCCAUCGUACAGGCUACUUCACGUCUUCGAGCACAGCGCCAUCGAACCAAGAAGGGGCUUUCACCUUAUGUCAAAAAAAGAGAUGUAUUGGCCGCCAUCGACAUACUCGGAAUGAAACGCGAUGGAAAAGAGAGAUGGAAAGGUGUUGCAAGGCGAUGUGGUGUACGGGUCUUCGCAGGGCAAUAUGCCCCUGGUCAUCAGGGUAAAUCGAAGAGAGAGGUGCCUUGGGACGAAGUUGAACGUGUCAUGGACCGUGCAGAAUCUGUGAGCGAGCGCUCAGAUACAGAAACCCCGUGGGCGACAUCUGGUGGCGAAGAUGAACCCUUCAAUUUCAGAGCCAAACGGAGUGGGACCCCUCUGCCUAUGGAACGACUUGCUCUGGAUACUUCCGACGACGAUCUAGGCGAUGAAGAGUUCGAAGUCCAUAAUGUAGAGUCUGAUGAGUCUCUAGACGAUGAAAUGCAUCAAUCUCCUCGCCUAGAGUCUCCAUCCGGAAACCCCCAGAACAACACUCUUACCCUCGAGGCGUUUGAUCGCCAAGCUAGCCGACAGGAAGAACGUUCGCUGUGGAAUCUCCUUGGUCUCGAGCCGACCGUCAAGGAUGACACGCCCAAAAGCGACGAAGAAGACGACACAGACCUCGACGACUCUGAAAACAUCAUCACAGAGCCCGACGGGUGGCGUAGCUGGGUCGAAUACCAACCAGAAUGGGAGGAACUGCGCACUCUUGUCCCCGCUGCAAAAUUUACAGCAAACCAGAAGCCAGAAGCUCCUAUGCCUAUCACGCAGGCAAAUUAUUUGUUCACUAGUGGCUCGGAAUCCGGCAAUGAAACGGGUACGUCUGGUCGAAGGCGUCAUAAACGAACCCGGACCCAAACGAUCGAACUGCAAACUCAAGGACCCCGCGCGUAUGCAGCGUUACAGGAGAGAGCGUUCAUGAAUGUGAUGAAUGCGAAUGGCUUUGGAUCAGACGAUGACAAUGGCGUAGACAUGGAUCACACAGUACAGUCCGUUGAAGAUGAUGGGGGCGAACCUCAGGCUGUAGCUUCCGAGGAUGAAAUGGAUUGGGACGCAUAGUUUUAGUCAGAAGCAGCGCCUGACACUCAUUCUCGAAGUGCUGGUGUCAGUAGUUAGAGCAACAUUGUCCGUACAAAUGUAGAUUGUAGUCGCAUCUCGAAAGGCCUUGAUGCCCUCACCAAUCAAUCUCAUAAUCAAUGCUCGAAGAUAUUGUGUGCUCUUGCAGUGUUUGUUACGCAGCC